AUGAGGUACUCUAAUCUUCUCCUGGCUGUUUUUGCGGCUCCGAUCCAGGCAGCCUUCAGCUGGAAGAACGUUAAGAUCGGUGGUGGGGGCGGCUUCGUCCCAUCCAUCGUGUUCCAUCCUACAACCAAGGGCGUUGCCUAUGCUAGGACCGACAUUGGUGGUCUCUACCGCCUUAAUGCUGAUGACUCAUGGACUCCAGUCACCGAUGCGAACAACUUUGCCGACGAUGCUCACUGGAACCGAUGGGGUGUUGAUGCGCUCGCAUUGGAUCCUCAAGACGAUAAGAAGGUGUUCAUAGCCGUCGGGAUGUACACGAACAGCUGGGAUCCCAACAAUGGGCAGAUUGCGCGCAGCUCGGACAGGGGUGCAACAUGGUCCUUUGCCGACCUACCCUUCAAGGUUGGCGGUAACAUGCCCGGGAGAGGAAAUGGAGAGCGUCUUGCAGUUGACCCAAAGAACUCCAAUAUUGUUUACUUCGGUGCCCGAAGUGGUAACGGGCUCUGGAAGAGUACCAACGGAGGCGCAAGCUUUUCAAAGGUUUCGUCCUUCACUGCCGUUGGCACAUUUCGUGCUGGACCUGCUAGCGAUGAGUACAGCGGCGACAUCCAGGGCUUGAACUUCGUCACCUUUGAUCCUACUUCCGCUGCUGUGGGCGGUGCCACUUCCAGAAUUUUCGUCGGCGUUGCCGAGAACGCCACAUCUUCCAUUUACGUCUCCAACGAUGCCGGCUCUACUUGGUCCGCUGUCGCUGGCCAGCCUGGCCGAUACUUCCCUCACAAGGGCAGGAUUCAACCUACCGAGAAGGCUCUGUAUGUCAGCUACUCUGACGGAACUGGUCCUUAUGACGGCACUUCCGGUGCUGUUUGGAGAUAUGACAUUACCGCAGGCACCUGGAAGGACAUCACGCCCGUUGCUCCUGGCCCGGACUUGUACCACGGCUUCGGUGGAUUGGGUUUGGACAUCCAAAAGCCAGGCACUCUGGUGGUGGCAUCUUUGAACAGCUGGUGGCCCGAUGCGAAACUUUUUAGAUCAACCGACUCCGGUGCCACUUGGAAACAAAUCUGGACAUGGGGAACCGACGGUAACCAAAAUUUGAGCUACAUUCAGACUUCACCCAAGGCCCCAUGGAUCAAGACCAACUUUCUCGACGUUGAUACCAAGGACCUGGGUUGGAUGAUCGAGUCCCUUGAGAUCGACCCUACCGACUCCAACCACUGGCUGUGGGGUACUGGUCUAACCAUCUUCGGCGGCCGAGAUCUUACCAACUGGGACACUGGGACCAAGGUCAACAUCCAGUCCCUGGCAGACGGCAUCGAAGAGAUGGCCAUCCAGGAGCUCGCUAGCGCCCCAGGUGGCUCAGAGCUCCUGGUCGCCACCUACGACAACAAUGGAUUCACUUACAAGGCCCGCAGCAACAUCGAUACGUCGCCCCAAACCACCUGGACCACCCCUAUGUGGGCCAGUUCCGUGGGUGUCGAUUACGCCGGCAACAAGGUUGCCAACGUGGUCCGUAUCGGCAACGUCGCCGGAACUCAGCAGCUGGCUGUGAGCUCCGAUGGCGGCGUUACUUGGAAUGUCAACUAUGCCGCCGGAACUACGCAGUACGGCGGCUCCGUCGCCUACUCAGCCGACGCCGACAUCAUAUUGUGGUCGACCGCGACCCUAGGCGUUCAGAGAAGUGCCAACCAGGGCUCUCUUGCUGUGGUCUCCAGCAUCCCCGCUGGCGCCAUUAUCGCCAGCGACAAGCGCAACAACACUGUCUUCUACGGUGCCUCUGGCUCCAGCUUCUAUCGCUCCACCAAUCUCGGAGCGACCUUCUCCACUGCAGGUUCCCUUGGGUCAGCCACUGAGAUCCGCCACGUCGAGGCACACCCAGCCAAGGCAGGCGAUGUCUGGGUGUCAACCGACGCCGGCAUCUUUCACAGCACUGACUACGGCUCCUCCUUCGCUCAGGUGUCCACUGCCCUCACCAACACUAACAAGGUUGCCCUCGGCAAGGGCUCCGGCUCGAACUGGAACCUUUACGCCUUUGGCACCGGCUCAGCAGGGAGACGUCUCUACGGUAGCGCUGACCUUGGGGCAUCCUGGACGGACCUUCAGGGAUCCCAGAGCUUCGGUGCCAUCGACAGCGCUAAGCUCGCCGGCUCCGGCAACGAGGAGAAUCUGGUCUACGUCGGUACUAAUGGACGUGGUGUCUUCUAUGCCUCAGGCGCCAUUUCUUCGUCUGGUAACGGGUCGACCUCUGUUACUCCGACAUCAACUAGCAGGGUAUCAAGCAGCAGCUCAGCUGUGGUCGUGACCUCUUCAACUUCCUCCGUUAGGACUACUUUAGUGACUUCCACUUCCGCCGUCCGGACCUCAACCAGCACCACCCCAGUUCCCACGGCGACCAACUUAGCGAAGCAGUAUGAGCAGUGCGGUGGCUCGGGUUGGAAGGGCCCAACCCAAUGCGUGCCGCCGUAUACUUGCAAGGUCACAAACGAGUGGUAUUCUCAGUGCCUAUAG